AGAGCAGUAUUCCCGCGAAGAUUCGGACCUCUUGGUACUUUGGUUUCCCUUGGACCCUUUGAAGCCCCUGCUGCACAUUUUGGGCACCACACAUCAGGCAGUCUAAUCAAUACACAAAGUGUUUUGCAGCUUAGAGGGACAAUGAGUAAGAGGAAGAUGAAAGAUGCUCAUUUGCCAGUAGGGGAAUGCAUCACACAGGUUCAGGAGAUCUUAAGGGAGCGGCUUUGCCAUCAGCAGCUCCCUGACAGGCCGGAGGGAGUGGAAGCUCAACACAAACACCUCCUGGAGCUGCUGAAGCGCACUGCCGUCCACGGGGAGAGUAACUCGGUGCUAAUCGUCGGCCCCAGGGGGGCAGGAAAAACAAUGCUGCUGAAGUGUGUGCUGAGAGAUCUGCUGGAGGAAAAAGAAGUGCAAAAAAACCUGCUACAGGUUCAUCUCAAUGGUCUCCUGCAGACUGAUGACAGAAUAGCUCUAAAAGAAAUAACGCGGCAACUCCACCUGGAAAACGUUGUCGGUGACAAAGUGUUUGGAAGUUUUGCAGAGAAUAUGGCUUUCUUGCUGGAGGCGCUGAAGAAAGGUGAUCGCAGUAGCAGCAGCCCGGUGUUGUUCGUCCUGGAUGAGUUCGACCUGUUUGCCCACCAUAAGAACCAGACGCUGCUCUACAACCUGUUUGACGUCUCCCAGUCUGCCCAGGCUCCCAUUGCUGUGGUCGGCCUUACCUGCAGACUGGAUGUUCUGGAGCUGUUGGAGAAGCGGGUGAAGUCGAGGUUCUCCCACCGUCAGAUCCACCUGCUGAGCAGCCUGACGUUCCCUCAGUACCUGGAGCGGGUCCGAAUCCAGCUUAGCCUGCUGCACAACUUCCCCGACGACAGCUUCGCUCAGGACUGGAACACCAGCGUAAAGACUCUGGUUAAAGACAAAUCGGUUGAGGAUGUUUUACAGAGACACUUCAACUCCAGCAAAGACUUCCGUUCAAUGCACAUGCUGCUGAUGUUGUGUCUGUGUCGCGUGUCUGUAUCUAAACCUGCCAUCAAACCUGCAGACCUGCUGGAGGCCAGCAGACUAUGUUUUGCAGACACCAAAGCUAAUAUGCUCCACGGUCUGUCCAUCUUGGAGCUGUGCCUUGUCAUCGCCAUGAAACACCUCAAUGACGUUUAUGAAGGAGAGCCGUUCAACCUCCAGAUGGUUCACAACGAGUUUAAGAAGUUCCUGCAGAGGAAGUCCAACUCCAUGUACAACUUUGACCCGCCUGUCAUCAUGAAGGCCUUUGAACACCUGCAGCAGCUGGAGCUCAUCCGGCCGGUCGAUGGCCCCUCAGCCAAAACACAGAGGGAAUACCAGCUGAUGAGGCUCAUGCUAGACCACAGCCAGAUCAUGGAGGCCCUGCAGAAGUAUCCACAAUGCCCCACUGACAUCAAACAGUGGGCCAUGUCGGCGUUCAGCUGAUUAAAUUUGGACUUUACGUAGCUGUUUGCUGUUCUUCACCAGCACUGCUACAGAGAAGUUUGGGGAAAAUAAUACAGAAGAAAGAAGCUUCUGAGGUUUGUCUUACAUCCAGAUACUGGACUGGUGAAUUGAGCACUACAUCCCGAACCAAGGCCCCCAGUGAAAGCUAUCCGGAACCAGGGAAAAUCAAGGCCGCCAGUAUGUCAGAGAGUUAUAUCUACACAAGCAGUGCAUUUGUUUCAGUCCAGUAUUUUUUUUCAAGCGCUCAGAAUAUUUUUUGUUAGUGUUUUGAAAAGUCACGGUCAGUGGUCAUUUUAGAAAUGGUGAGUUUUGUAUUCCUGGGAUCACGUUUCACUCAGAAGAUCACAUAAUCACAUUGAAAUGACAGCUUCAGCAUAAAGUUACUCACAUUUUGAAAGUCGACUUGUAAUCAGGAUGAAGUUUUUUUUGUUUGUUUGUUUGUUUUUUUUCUUAAAUAAAGUCACGUUUACCACCGAUA